AUGAGCUCAAUUUUAAAGUUUCUCCAAGGCCGCGUUGCAAUCGUCACCGGCGGAUCCCGCGGUAUCGGAGCCGGAGUCGCCCUCGAACUGGCCAAGCGCGGCGCGAACGUGCUCAUCACAUACAACCAGGCCAGCACACAAGCGACAUUAGUCAUCAACCAGCUGAAAGAGCUCGGCGUCGAAGCAGAAGGCGUGCAACUUGGGGCCACAUCGACAUUAUUAUCAACGAACGCCGGCGCCGGCGAUGACUCCCUAUUAUGCGACCUAACAAACGAGCUAUGGGACAAGUUCCUCGACUGCAACCUGCGGUUCCCGAUAUUCCUAGUCAAGGAAGCGGUACCGCACUUCGGAACGGCGCCUCGUAUCGUCAACAUCUCCAGCGCCAUUGCACGCAUGGGAGGCUCGUACAGCACGGCGUAUUGUGCGACAAAGGCGGCGCUGGAGGGGGUGACGGAGAUCUGGGCACAGGAGUUAGGACAGAAGCAUGGGGCUACUGUUAACUGUGUUAAUCCCGGGCCGGUCAAAACGGAUAUGUGGUUGCGGGACACCGAGCAGGCUGUUCUUGAUGAGUGGGAUACGAAGAUGAAAGAGAUUCCUGCUGGGAUAAGGAUCGCUGAGGUAGAUGACAUUGCACAAAUUGUGGCUUUCUUAUCUGAGGAGGGGAGUCGCUGGUCGACGGGGAGUACGGUGAACGCGAACGGGGGACUUUGUUUCGUUUAG